ACUCCGUCUUUUACUUUACAACUGAUGAGAAUGUUUACAGAAGUUAUAAAUAUAGCAUUUGUUGAGAUACUACUGUUUGAGCUCGCAGUUUUGUCUUGUCACGGAUCUACAGACAGUUACGAUCAAGAAUGGUUUACUUCCAAAGCAGAUUUAAGGAAAACUACAAAAAGGAUUUCCAAUUUUCAAAAUGGAUUUAUACUAGGCAGGAAUGUGAUUACGAAUAUCGAUGGACGGUGGCCUGAUACAACUAUUCCAUACGUUCUUGAUGAAACAUACGAGGAGGAAGAUCGUGAAGCGAUUCGUUCCGCCAUGGAUGAAUUUGAAAAGCAGACUUGCAUUUCAUGGGUUGAGAGAUCGGAAGAAGAGGCUUACGUAGAAAUUCAGAAUGAUAUGGGUUGCCAGUCAGAAAUAGGCUACAAAGGUCAAGUACAAACCAUCUCUUUAGAAGCACCUCUUUGUAUGUCCAAAGGCAGAAUCAUGCACGAACUGAUGCACACGUUGGGCUUUCUUCACGAACAUUCUCGUUCAGAUAGAGAUGAUUAUGUUUAUGUUGUCUGGGAUAACGUACAAGAGGGUUAUGAGGCAGACUUCCAGGCCUUGCCACCCGACCUCAUUGAUGAUUUAGACGUGGAAUACGAUUACAAAUCAGUAAUGCAUUAUACAUCUCGUUCUUAUUCAAGAAACCCACCAAAUCCUACUCUGCUGCCCACCAAUGCUGAUGUGAAUCCAAAUGAACUUGGAUAUGGGUUGAAGAACGGAGUUUUAACGGACUUGGAUGUUGAAAAAAUUAACAAAUUCUAUGAAUGUGAUUCCUGAAGUAACA